UAACAGGGAUCCUGAUGAAACCGCGCCAAUCUGAAAAGAACAAACUGUUCUACUGUUUUACACAGACUGUAUCAGUCAAUGGGUUCCUGUUGUUGUUGAAGUGUGGGUCCAAUCCGAAAUUUCUAGUGUUACCCAAGGAUAUAUGUAUGGUGUAAAAGAUAUAGAAAGUGUCAACAAAUGUAGAAAACAAGAUUUUUAUAAUCUGAUACAGAUGUAUUAAACAAGUCCACAUUUUCCAGCAGGUAAUGACAGUAGCAGAUUUCUUAUCUAUGGUCAUUAUAGCAGUUUAAAUUAAGCAUCAAUUCCAAGUUGAAUUUGGAUUAAAGAGAACGUACAAGAAUUAUAAGAGAAGGCUUUGAUUUGACUAAAGGAUUAAAGUAAUGUGACAACAUAUAUGGCCAAUAAAUUGAGCGAUUUUUUUGAAAACUAUGAAGCAGGUGAAAUUAAGGAGCUAUUGCUGACCACAUGAAAAAUGAGGAUUAUUUAAUUCCUAAUUGUUGCAUCGAAAAUCAGGGGACAUUUAAUUAUGAGAGAGUUGAGUUCACUAUUGAUUAAAAGUUGUUAGUGUAUUAUCCAAUUAACAGCUUAUACAGAACAGCUACUUGAUAAGCUCACCUUAACCAAUAUUAGGCAAUACAAAUACAGGGACUGGCAAAAAGAGAUUUGGGUAGAAGUCCUGGUCUAUGUGCUCUUGGUCUGGCUGUCCAAGACAAUACAAAAAUAGAUUCCAAAGCUUCCCCAGCUUAUAUGUUCCUUCUCUAAUCCUGCUGUAACCCCAUUCCACAACCGAAGUGUGUGGAUACCUAUCAAAGUGGAUCAAAUUACAAGAAAAGAAGAUUUUGGCAUAGCUAAGGCUUUGGCCAGCAUUCUUAAGUUGAUUGAAACCGUGAUCAUGGAUACUCCUUUUGCAGAGGGGCCACCUAACGGGCGGCUACCGUCUACUUCAGAUGAUGCUGAUAUGAUGGAAAAUGAAAACAUGGAGACAAAAAUAGGCUCUCAGGAAUCAUUUACAGAGUUUAUGGCUCAGAGCUUGCCACAAAAACCAGGCCCAGUGAUUCAUAGAAGGGCCGAUAGACAUUAUUCUAAACGAAUGCGUCGAAGACUUGUUUACAAAAAUGGUGAAGUGAAUAUUACACAAACAAAUAUAAGAAAACGUAGACGACGAUAUUUAGCUGAUAUUUUCACAACGCUAGUUGACAUUAAGUGGAGAUAUAACUUGCUGUUGUUUGCACUAGCUUUCAUACUUAGUUGGUUAAUGUUUGCUGUCAUAUGGUGGCUUAUAAGUUUUUCACAUGGGGAUUUAGAAAACAGUAGCAAUAAAAACUGGAAACCUUGUGUCAAGGAAAUGUAUUCAUUUACGUCUGCGUUACUGUUCUCUAUAGAAACCCAACAUACUAUUGGAUAUGGUGCACGUCACACAACAGAAGAAUGUCCAGAAGCCAUUACAGUUAUGAUGAUUCAAUCGUGUUUCGGUGUUAUUUGUCAGGCAAUGAUGACAGGUAUUGUUUUCGCUAAGCUAUCACGGCCUAAAAAGCGUGCUGAAACAUUAAUGUUUAGUAAAAAUGCUUGUAUAUGCAAACAAGAUGGAGAUCUUUGUUUAUUGAUACGUGUCGGUGAUAUGAGAAAAUCUCAUUUAGUUGAAGCUCAUGUAAGAGCAGUUGUGAUAAAAAGAAAAAUAACUAAAGAAGGUGAAGUUUUACCACUGUACCAGUUUGAUGUUGAUUUAGGAUAUGAUGAGGGGAGAGACCGACUUUUUCUAGUAUGGCCAGUUAUUCUUGUCCAUAAAAUCAAUGAACAAAGUCCUUUUUGGGAAAUGGCUCCAGAGGAUUUACAUAGAGAACAGUUUGAGCUUAUUGUAAUACUUGAGGGGAUUGUGGAAUCUACUGGAAUGACAACACAAGCAAGGAGUUCUUAUCUCCCUGGAGAAAUUUUAUGGGGACAUAGAUUCGAAAGAUUAGUAACCUUUCAAAAGGAGAAUGGUCAAUAUCAAAUAGACUUUUCAAGAUUUCAUAAUACCUUGCCUAUGGACACUCCACAGUAUAGUGCAAAGGAAUUAUCAGAAAUGAGUGAUAGAGGUCAUCAGAAUCUGGCCAUCGAUGAUGACGAAGAGGUAACCUCUGUGGGAUCGACAAAACAUGAUAAGUUUCCAAGUCCCUAUGUGAUAAAAAGACAUGGUUAUGCACAAACUGACUUUGAUUAUGACGAAGAUGACUUGAUUUCACAAGAAAGUUCUGUUCAAAGUCGACAAACCAAUGAAUCAGAAACAUUAUUAUGAAACAUUACACAUUAGACAUCCAAAACAGAACAUCAUUCCAGGGUUGCUGAAAAUUUUAAAACAGUUGUCAGUUGUUUGUGAUUUUCCAGAACAAAACCUUUUUAAAUGUAUUUGUAUUAUAUUACUAAAGUGAUUUUUUUAAUUGUAAAUUAUUGUACAAAUUUUUAAGAAAGACUUUUGUCAUUAAUUCUUUUCUGUCAGUAUUAGUAUUUCAGUUCAUAAGCUGAACCUUUACUGUCUCAACAAAGGAGUAGGUCCGGUAAAACCCCUUUUUGGCCCCAAAAUAUAACAGUUUUACAAAAUUGUUAAAAUGUAAACUUUUAGUUAUUUAUUGGACAGUUGAAUGCUUCUGCUACAUAAAUAUGCGCUGUUUUUGACAAUACAAUGCACAUAUAUCUGGUUGUAGCACCAUUAAGUCAUGCUAAAUUACUGAAAUCUUCAAAAUUCUAUCAUUUUAGUUAAAUUUUAGACGGUUUCCGUGUAAAAAGUAAGUGGCCGCAUUUGUGUUCAUCCUUAAUAUUGAAAUGUAAGUUGUAUUUUAUGAUAAUACAUAACAUAUAUAAAGGUUGUGGAUGAACAGGGAUGCGGCCAUUUUCAUUUUUGACCAAAAACAUCUGAAAAGUGACGUUUUUUGGCAUAUUUGAGAGAUUUUUCAUAUUUGAGCUUGAAUUUGAUCGUUUUUAAUGACUAAAUUAGUUAAAAUCUUUCACAAAAACUAAUUGAAUCAAGUGAAAUAGACACUUAAGUGUUUAAAAAGUGGUCAAAAUCUUUCAUCAGAUGAAACUGAAAUUUAAGGCCAAAAUGAGUCCUUAUCGGACCUACUCCUUUGUUGGAAUAUACAGGUAUUUUUUUUUCAAUUAAAAAUAACAUGAUCUGAAUUCUUUAAAUAUCAUUACAGGGGUAUAGUAUUAUGGCUUUAUAAAUUAAAACAGGCAAAAAAACUACUGACCAUACAAAGUUUAUAUAAGUCCCUUUCCCCCAAAUAUAAAGUGAUAAAUAAACCAGGCUACAAGGAUUACUAAUAUAACAAUAAAGAUAUUUACUGAUGGUCAGUUCUACCUCAGUAUAAACACGACUACACAAUCUCAGGCACACACUGAUCAUUGCAUAUAUUUGUCUGUAGCAAAUCAUCCUAAGCUUCUGUAUACUUUAUAUACAUAUGAGUUCCAUACAGAAAAGGAAAACACAGUAUUGGAUAACAAUUGAUAAAGUUUGCUAUAAAGUGGAUGGGGCUUAUAUCCAUUUCUCUGCCUCUUUCGUGGGUUAAUACUAUAAAAGAGAAAAUCAUUGGAGAUCAUUAAAUUCCAAAAAUUAAAAGAGAUUAUAUCAACAAAACUUAUAUUUGAUUAUAUUCAUCAAAAUAGAGCAAAUCUGAAGCCUUUUAGAAAAUGUAUUAAAAAAAGCCCUUUUUUGGGGGAUAGGGGUAAAUAACCAUCUAUACUCUAUAGAUUUUAAAACAUAAUUAGUACAUUGACACUGUUAUAUGACAUAUUUAUACAUUGUACAUUGUAAUAUGACAUAUUUAUACAUUGUACAUUGUAAUAUGACAUAUUUAUACAUUGUACAUUGUAAUAUGACAUUUAUACAUUGUACAUUGUAAUAUGACAAACAUUGUACAUAUCAUUGCUGUGAUAUGAUUUCAUUUAGAUGUUUCAUGCUGUUAGUACAUGUAUUGCAAACUUAUUUUUAAAUGUUUCAUGAAAAUAAUAAUUUGAAUCAUCAACAAUGUAAUUCCUGCUAAAAAGUAUUGAAAGUCUGACAAAUAUUUUUUUUAUAUAACAAUAUGUACUUACUUUGUAUACUGAAAAAAACCUUGUUGGCUCCUAUAAUUACAAUCUAUUUAAAUAUAAAAUGGUCAUAAAAAGUGUUUAACAAGACCUUCAGAAUAUGGCUGUCUUUUAAAUAUACCAUUGUUAAAAUAAAAACUUUCAAUUAUUGUUUUAUGUAAUGAAGGUUUGAAAUAAAUAUGUCAGAUUUGAUAUGAAUGGUAUGCCAUGUUAUUAUAAAAUUCAGGCUUGUUGACAUGUUUGUAAACCACCUAUUUGCAUGCUAUUCAUUUCUUUGUGGAAAGGAAUUUUGAUUAGAAGCUAAAGCUUACAUGUAAUUUUUCAUGCCUUUCAAUGCAAUGCAUUAUAUUUGUUUUCCCAAUUGCUGUUAAUCCUCUUUAACAGAGGAAAUAUCAUCCUUUAUAAGGAUUGAAUUACAAAGACAUAAGUAAUCUUCAUAUCAGGGGCCUUGCUCAAACGGAUUUAAUAGGAAAGAAAAUACUUAGUGGUAAUAAGUUCAUAGGUUUUCUUAAUUGCAUAAUGUAUAUUUUUAAUAUGAUAUAAAUGAUUUAAUAAAAGAAUAGGAAUGAAAAUCUUGUUGAUUUGAAUUUUAGUAGGUAUUGAUAAUAAUAUACAAACACAAAUUUAUUUAUAAGUUAUAUACAUUUGAAAACUUUGUAAUUAUUUAUUGAAUUUAGUAUAUUAUUAUUUUUUUUUAAUUUAUGAAGUGUGCUGUUAAUUGGCACCAUCUGUAUGACCAACAGCAUCUGUUAAUUUACAUGAACUUCACUAAUUUAAAAAGUCAUAGAGUUAUUUCCCCUUAACCACUUUCCCCUUAACCACUGCUUGGUAUAUGGUAAAACGAUAUACUAUUUAGCUUAUCUAUCCCUCCCUCAUCAAGCCUCAUAGAACAUUGAAUAAUCAGGAGUCAUAGAAUUAAUUGUUUCUUUUAUAAAUAUGGGACACACUAGUAAUUAAAUUUUUGGUUGAAAAUGUAAAAUAAUACCGCCAGACAUAUUUGAAAUACUGAAAACUGGCUGAAAAAGGUGAAGAUUUAUUUUAUAGAAUUGUAAGCUUUUAGUGUGUCAACACAAAAGGUGGAGAUUUGUUCUUUAUAAUUGUAUAAUUUAAUUCGAUUUACAGGAGUAGGAGGUCCCAAUAUUGGUCUAAGUGAUCAAUUGUCUUUUUAUUUUUCAUUGCCUUUACAUGUGUCAAAGGUUGAAUUGUUGUAUAGCUUUUUGGUUAAAUGUUGAAUUUUUAAUAAAUUUGUACAUAAUUUUACUGAGUUUAAUACUUGUAUAAAAAGUUCUGAAUCUCAAUGUCUAUCAAUGAAUCUCAGAAUGAAAUGUGAUAUGUGACAUGUUAUAGUUAUAGAAGGUAGGGAGAUUUUAGUUAUAGAAGGAACAGAGAUUUGAGUUAAAGAAGGAAUGGAGAUUUUAGUUAUAGAAAGUAGAGAGAUUUUAGUUAUAGAAGGAACAGAGAUUUUAGUUAUAGAAGGUACAAAGAUUUUAGUACGAUUGUAGGACUAGAAAAUCUUGUGAACUAAAAGAGAUUUUAGUUCAGGAUUUCUGAGGUCUCAGAAGAAGAUGACUGACAUCUUUGGUCUUGUUUUGGCAACCUCACAAUCUACAAAUGAGUUAUAGAAAAAAGGUCAACAGAAAAAAAUUAUAUUAAUAGGGUUUUCACUAGGACGAUGUAGGUAAAUCAUAGCAUAUUGAUUUUUAUAUAGCUAUUUCUAAUAAUGGUCUGGUAUCAUAUUAAAAUACAAGCGCUUGUGAAAUUUUGCAACGUAUUAAGGGAGUUUAUCUUGAAAUGAAAUAAAAUAAUGAUAGAUGUUACUAAGCCCCUGAUUUGCGUUUAAAACAUUUAAUACACAUUUUUCAAGCUGAAGAUAAAAAAGUUAUUCAUUUAUAUACUGUUUUAACAUUUAAUUUCAAUUGGAAUGCAACUUUGCAUGGAAGUUUGUGGACACCAGAUAAAUCAUGUUUCAACUGUAAAAAAAAAUUAGAAUGGGAUUAAUGUCUAAACAUUGUUGAAAGACAAUUUAUUUUCUUAGGAAUAUUUAUAUAAUACCUUUAUUGUAGCUAAUGUCUUUUAUGAUUUGACUUGACUGGAGAACACUGUCUUUAAGCUUUUCCCCAUAGAUUUAAGCAACUACUUUUGUAGGAAAGGAUGUAUUUUAAAGAGGAGAACCUCAAAAGGCUCUCAUUAUGUGAUAAAAAUGACAGAUAUAUUUUAUUUCACUUUGUAUGUAGUUUGGCAGAUCCUUCUAGCUGAAUUCAUGUUUACUUUAAUGUCAUUAAAUUUAUUUACUUACACCUAUUAAGAUAUACUAUGUAUAUUGAUUGAGAUGCUGAUUGUGUCUUUCAUUAAAAAUAUUAGUUUUAAUUGGAAACUGCAGUUCAAUUCAGAAAUUUACGAUUGAUUUUUAUUUUUAAAUUAGCACUAAGAGGUUAAAUAUUGUAUUUGAAGAAGGGGCAUCAAAAUUUGUUUGCAAUGCAAAAUAGUUUUAUGGAAUUCAGGGCCAUUACAUUACUUAUUUUUGAGGUAGAAAUUCAGGUUUCCAUUUCAGAAACAGUAGAAAAAAGCUUGUAUUCGAACCUUUAAAAUUUGAAAUUGCACAUAUUUAAAAUCGAGCUUCACUCCAUUCAGUAGUGUUGAUUAAGAUAGAUAGUGAAGAUAAAACCUCAUUAACCAUAGGGUGUCUUCUUUAAAAGCACUAAAUCAGAUAAUUAGAAAUAAAAUAUAUCUAGUUAUUUGCUGUCAGGAGAGAAGACACUGAACAAAACCUUAGAUGAUUCAGAGUAGACAGUCCAUAAUUUUCAUAAUUCUUACAUUGUAUUGUGUUAAUCAUGUGACCAUUUUCUUUUUUCUGAAUGAAUGUAACAUUUUGUGAUGAUUUGGGAAUGGUGCUACAUGAUGUUGCUACAGUUAUGAACAUUUUAUACUGUUUACUAUUUUUACCAUUUACAUAUUUAAUUUUGCAUCUUUUCACUAUCAUGCAUAUUUGUGUGUUAAGUUUCAUUAAUAUUAUAUAUUAUUUUGAGUAAAUAAAAUCAUUUUUUACCAA